GACUGGGCGGGCAGAGGCGGCGCCGCCCAGCGGGAUCGGGGCUGGAAGCCUCUCGGAGCGCUGCUUCCAGCCGAGGGGCGGCCGGCGAGUCUCCGCGCGAGCGGAGGGUGCCAAAGGCAGGGGUCAAGCCACAAAGUUCCCCGGGCUCCCUCGGGGGCCGCUGUCGGGCUGCGCGUUUGGCCGCCCCCUCCUCGCGAAGGCCAUGGCUUCCAAACUCCUGCGCGCGGUCAUCCUCGGGCCGCCCGGCUCGGGCAAGGGCACCGUGUGCCAGAGGAUCGCCCAGAACUUUGGCCUUCAGCAUCUGUCCAGCGGCCACUUCUUGCGGGAGAACAUCAAAGCCAACACGGAAGUUGGAGAUAUGGCAAAGCUGUACAUACAGAAAGGUCUUUUGGUUCCAGAUCAUGUGAUCACACGCUUAAUGAUGUCGGAGCUGGAAAACAGGCGCAGCCAGCACUGGCUACUCGAUGGUUUCCCUAGGACAUUAGUACAGGCUGAAGCCUUGGACAAAAUCUGUGAACUGGAUCUAGUGAUCAGUUUGAACAUUCCAUUUGAAACACUUAAAGAUCGUCUCAGCCGACGUUGGAUUCACCCUCCCAGUGGAAGGGUAUAUAACCUGGACUUCAAUCCACCUCAUGUGCAUGGCAUUGAUGACAUCACGGGUGAACCAUUGGUCCAGCAGGAGGAUGAUAAACCCGAAGCAGUUGCUGCCAGGCUAAGACAGUACAAGGAUGUGGCAAAGCCAGUUAUUGAAUUAUACAAGAGCCGCGGAGUGCUCCACCAAUUUUCUGGGACGGAGACUAACAAAAUCUGGCCCUAUGUUUACACGCUUUUCUCAAACAAGAUCACACCGAUUCAGUCCAAAGAAGCAUACUGAGCGUGCCCCACGGGAGAACCAAGAAGAUGUGGUCAUUCAUUCACGUGUGUGUAUAGUAUUGGUGCCGUGUCCAAAUUAGAAGCCAGCUGAGAUAGCUUGCAGCGUCUUUUCUAGUUUAAAUGAUGAACUCACAGGAAGACUAAUGAGUAGAGAGUGUUCACGAAGAGGCCUCCUUCUACCUUUCAAAAGGGCCACUGGUGCACGUUCACGGGGUCUCUGCACAUGUCUCAGGCUCGUCACAAGAAAACACGUACAGGCUGGUUCCAAAUGGUGUACAGCCUGUGCUCUGACAGACUUUCGACUGCCGUGUUGUUACAGUAGCCUGUUUAUAUGUGAUGGCGGUGCUCUGUGGGUCUCUCCAUUCUCUAAGGCUGUUGAGCAACAGGACCCGUUAGCCUGAGAAUGCCCCAUGCUCUGUCUUGGGCUGUGCCCCAGGUUCUGUGGUGUGUGCCCUCCUGGUGACAAUGGAAUCGAAGCUAAUUGCUCUCAGUGGUUGC